GGCGGUGCUGCGCUGCCUGAUUUAUUCUGGUCCAGGAGCAGGAGGGAGUCCCGCAGGCUGCACCGUCGGAGCCCGGAGCCCGGACCCCGCACGCCGCGUGUCCCAGCAUGCCUGGCCCCCGCCUGCUGGCCGCGCUCUGCGGCGUGCUGCUCUGUGCCUCCAGCCUCUUCGCCGCAUCUGGUGACUUCUGUGAUUCCAGCCAGUGCCUGAAUGGUGGGACCUGCUUGUUGGACCAGGACAACCUCCUCUUCUACUGCCUCUGCCCCGAAGGCUUCACAGGCCUUAUUUGCAACGAGACUGAGAAAGGUCCCUGUUUCCCAAACCCCUGCCUCAAUGAUGCGGAGUGCCGAGUGGUCGAUGACUCACACCGCGGAGACGUCUUCACCGAGUACAUCUGCAAGUGCCCUGAUGGCUACACAGGCACCCACUGUGAGACCACCUGCACCAUGCCUCUGGGCAUGCAGACGGGCGCCAUUGCCGACGCGCAGAUCUCCGCCUCAUCCCUGCACUUCGGCUUCAUGGGUUUGCAGCGCUGGGCCCCCGAGCUGGCCCGCCUGCAUCGCACCGGCAUUGUCAAUGCCUGGACGGCCAGCAACUACGAUAGAAAACCCUGGAUCCAGGUAAACCUGCUGCGGAAAAUGCGGGUGACGGGCGUGGUGACGCAGGGUGCCAGCCGCUCAGGCAGUGCUGAGUAUGUCAAGAGUUUCAAGGUGGCCUACAGCCUCAACGGGAAAAACUUCCAGUUUGUCCAAGGAGAAGACGACUCAGGAGAUAAGAUAUUUAAGGGGAAUUGGGACAACAACAGCCUGAAGACCAACAUGUUUGACUUGCCUCUGGAGGUGCAGUAUGUGAGGCUGGUGCCCCUUGUCUGUCACCGGGGCUGCACCCUGCGCUUUGAGCUCCUUGGCUGUGAGCUGAGUGGAUGCUCCGAACCCUUGGGCCUAAAGGACAACAUCAUCCCCAACAAGCAGAUCACGGCCUCUAGCAUCUACAGGACCUGGGGCCUGAGUUCAUUCAGCUGGUAUCCCUACUACGCGCGGCUGGACCAGCAGGGCAAGUUCAAUGCCUGGACUGCUGAGAGCAACUCUCCCUCUGAGUGGCUGCAGAUUGACUUGGGCUACCAGAGGCGAGUGACCGGCAUCAUCACGCAGGGGGCCCGAGACUUUGGCCACAUCCAGUAUGUGGCAGCCUACAAGGUGGCCCACAGUAACGACGGCACGAACUGGACUGAGUACAAGGAUCAGGGGGCCGUAGACAGCAAGAUCUUCCCCGGCAACUUGGACAAUAAUUCCCACAAGAAGAACAUGUUUGAGACGCCCUUCCUGGCUCGCUUCGUGCGCAUCCUGCCCGUAGCUUGGCACAAUCGCAUCACCCUUCGUGUGGAGCUGCUGGGCUGCUAGUGGUAGGCUCGGCGGAAGUGAGUGGGUCUUCCUGACCUUCUGUGGGCCUGCUGCCGCCACCCGCCUCCUGAUUGUAGUGACUUGGGGCAGGGGGUUUCAUUCACCUCUCCCUCCUUUGCUCCUCCUGCCCCGCCUCCCACACGCCCCGCCUCCCACACGCCCCUGGCACCUAGCCCUCAUGCCGUCCCAUUUUCUUAGGCACUGUGGGAGUUGAGUAGGCCUGGGAUGGACACAGAAGAGCGAAGUAGCGGGUGUGGGUUACCUGCACCUCUCCAGAUCCCUGAUUCCGGCCUCUGCGUCCUCCGUAGCCUGUCUCCCACACCCCACAUUCCCAUGUCCCUGGAGGAAGACCCUGAAGGUACCCGGCUGGAGAUAAGUCUCCUGCCUCUCAGCCCUGAGGCUGCCACUCUGCUGCUGCCAUCUAGCCCCGACACUGCCCCCUUAUCUCCUUGGAGACCCCUCUUGGCCCUUGUCCUGCAGCCUAGAAAGAGACAGAAGUGGGUGCGGGGGGGUCUAUGGAGAGAUAGAGGAGGAGGUAGGUGGGCACGGAGGGGCCCUCAAUGCUGGUUCUUGCCUAGAGAGUGCACAGGCAGCUUUCAAAAUAUAUUUAUAUCACCCCGGA